GUCUUUUGUGUGAGGAGAGAAAAGAGAGGAUAAAGACGAAAGAGAAACGCGUCGACAAUUCAUAUUAGAAGGCAGAUGCAAGUUCCUGCAGAUGUUCCGACCACCCACCACCGGUUUCCCGCCCCGUUCACGCAAAAUGUCUCAAUUGUGUCGACGAUCCUUGAUGCAUGGCCGCAAAAGAAAUCGAAAUCGGAAAAGUCAUCGGACAAACAUAUGAGAGAGAGAGAGAGAGAGAGAGAGAGAACAAGGCAUCUUUAUCUCCCUUUUCUCCUCCUCUUGGCGCAUUGUGCAGCCGGAUCGCUCUCAAAACGUAGCCGAUUUCAGCGGGAACGAUGUUGGAGUGCACAAGAGAAGUUCUGCCCUUUUUGUAUGUGUGUGUCCUUUCGAUGAAAAACUUUCCGAGCGGCACGUGUGCAUUGAAUAUUUCUGCCGACAAUAUUUCGUGUACUAGACGAACGAGAGAGUACCUGAUGAAUUUUUCUUAUCUCACCGAUAUUGAUAAGCCAGAAUGAGCCUAGCUAUGAGUGAAGAUUUUGACGUUAUAAAUCCAUAUAAACAAUGCGAAGAGACCAUUAAGGCGAUAGAGAAAGAAAACCGUGCAACGAUCGAGGAUGAUAGUCCUUCCAGAUUGCAGUACACAUGGCUGUCUCAACAGUGCGAAAUGCGAGCCGGCCCACAAUAUAUACUCAGGAAAUAUACUUUUUUCAAGAACGGCACUUUUCUUCUAUUGCGUUAUCAUUACGCUGAAGAGUCGUGCAGCAUAGCGACACAUACUGUCAUAAUUCGGGGUUCCAUAAAGUUACUGAGACCAUCCACCGUCGUUUCAGGUGCUACAGAAACGAGAUUUCACGUAGAUGCCGUUAAUAUUGUACCUUUGACUUCAGAGGUCACUCAAAAGUUUGGACAAAAACUGAACCUGACUUGCGGUCCCCAACCGAAGUGGCGACUCUAUACUUCCGCGUUGAUUUACGAGCAGCCGCGACAACACUCGGUGACGUCGUUGUGGCAAAGUCCCAACUAUAAUUCUUUACAAGCUACAAACAAGCAACUUGGUAACAAUUGUUUGGAGCUCUUCGGGAUUGAAUUUUCCGAAUUGAAGUUGUUAAGAGUACAUAAUAAAGUCUCAUCAGGACAUGAUUCAUCCAAUGGUACUUGGUCCAAUGAAGUUCCACAUUUUCAACUUUUAUUGGCCAGCCCCGCUCCCAACGCACAUUCUCGCCGAAAUUACAAACCAACUUCGUUACAAUCAACUGCACUGAACCGCCAAGAUUCAAUGACGAAUUGCCCGAUAUGUAGGAACGUAUUUCACAGUACCGAAUCAAGUCCGCCUCUUCUUCAUCAAACCGCAGCUUUACCUGCAAUGAUCGGAGGUAUUUGGCACAGCGAAACAUGCGAAAGUUCUGCGGGCGGCAUCUGGUUCAGACGGAAAUUCCAGAUAUACUCGGGAGAUGAAUUAUGGGUCGGUCAAUGGGAUUAUUACGACGAUCCACAUUGUUUAAAAUUUUUGUACGGGAUACUUAGGAUAGGAAGUUACGUCCAACGAGCUGAAAGACAGGAUGAUGAACAAAUCGACCAAGAUACUUUUUCUGAUUACAUUCUUAAUACUACUGGGAAGUUCGUUUUCAAAAGAAGUGUUACUGGGACUGAUACUAGGACUAUUCGUAGUGCAAAGUCUUAUCAAAAUAACUUAUAUAAUAAGAAUAGCCCGUCGAAAGAUGAAAAACAAUCUAAAAAUCAAAAAACCCAAAGACAGGAAAGAUCAGUGCGUGAUAGUGUUCAUCAGUUUGUAUACGAUGCACCAUCCACUACUCAAUCGAGAUUUGCGGCGAUGUUGCGAGGUCAUCAGACAUACGAGAGCACUACUAGAAAGCCUUUUUCUGCCUCGAAAGUUCUUAUCGGCACUACAGAAUUGGAUCUGCAUAUUAUUAAGAAUAUUCUGAUUCCAAGAGAUCCCGCGGUAUCCAUUCGUUGCGAUAGAGAUCGGUUUGCUUCACCGCUGACUACUUUGCCAAGAAAUUGCAUUCCUCGCACCGAAACGUCCCCGAUUUUAGAAUUGCGGGCUAAGCUGAGUGUUAACUGGCAUGGCCAGUAUAUUUUGCUGUUAGGUUUGCGAGACGAUAAUAUGUGGGAUGCACCUUUACGGCGAUGCGCACAACUUUCACCCUACAAUCCUGCUCUGCGAACGUAUCUUCAAAGAAUUUUGUAUAUUGGUUUAUUCUCUUCGGCAUCAACUACACGAAUCUCCGCUUGGUUCUUCUUGUCGCAGAUCUUGCUGUGCUACAUAUGUUACCUUGUACGGUGAUAUCUGAGUUAUUAUCUUUUAUUAGAUAAACUUUUAGAUUCGAACAUGUGCGAGAGCACAUUUGAUUGAACUGCGAGUGCAGAUUUGAUUGAAUAUAGGGCGUUUAAACAUUCCAAAUCUCUAUUUGCAUUUUCUCUUGAAAAAUUUCAGGACCGUAAAUUUGUAAAUAUGUAAAUAGAAGAUCGUAAAUUAAGAAUUAAAGAAUUGCAGUGUUAAAAUCGAUAUAAAUAAUUCCUGUCUUUCGAUAUAUAUUUUAUAUGAAAGUAUGAAUAGAUUCGAAGAAAUGUAGCUAAAUUUUAAUGGAUGAAAGCAACAACUAAUCAUAUAUCGUAAGCUUAGAAUUGACAUAUUUCGUUGUUAUUAUAAUUGAUGUACAUAUCUGCGCGCGAUUAUAGCU